GAAAAGAACAGCCACCCUCGUCUUGUUCACGACCCAACGCGCCGCCGCCAAGGGAACCCCUCGCGUUGCGAUGUCGUCAACGGAGAUGCGAUUCUGCCGGGGAUCAGGGGAAACAGUGGAUUCGUUUCACGCCUCCCGCUACCCCAGCCCUUCCACGGAGGAUCCGGCUUGCCUGCUCCCUCGCCGUGCUCCCACUCCAUCCUACGCUUCCACGGAGGACCUAGGGGAUCUCCAUGAUUCGCUGGAGGAGGUGGAUGUAGUCGAACUCGACCCCCAUGACCAGCCGGCGCGCAUGGUCGCAGAUCCUGGUCAGAUUGCCUGGCAUGCCCUGGACCUCAAGUUCCCACGCGAGGAGAGCGAAUCAGACUGGAGCGACUGGAAAGAGGGCGAUGGCCGACUGAUUGACGGGGAGGAGAAAGAUUGCCCAGUUACCUAUUUAUACAUCUAGAUUCAAUUUCCCCGAAAUUUCAACUAUGUUUAAGUUAACCCCCCGGAAUUCUACACUAAUUCUUCAGGGAAUGAAGUAGUCGAUAGCGAUGAUGAUGAUGAUGACGACGACGACGACAACUGCAAUGUUCAAGUCGUUUACGAGGACAAAA